AUGUCGUCCUCAGCGUCACGGCACCAACGUGCUUCCUCGAAUGCUACGGAUGAGCAUGAGGCUCAAGCGCCAGUUGACUCACCGAGGAGGUCUAGCUUCUCCAAGAGAUCGCUCAGCAGGUGUGCUACACCUGACGUGCCACCCGUCUCUGACAAAGCACCAGUUGAAGAAGACGCGAGAGACGAAGCUCUUGCUGCUUUGGAGGACCACCGUCAGCUCACAGAAGAACAGGCAGAGCAGGACGAUCCUCGGCCAGGCGGAUCCGGAGACUGGAGAGCAUGGGCCGAGCAGCAGUUUGCCGCCACACAGCUGAAGCACGACCAUAGCAGUAGCAAGGACUCUGAGUCGAUGGACUCAAUCCAGCCCUCGCGAAACCGCAGGUUCUUCUGGAAGAGUCUGUCGCCAUCGCCACCCUUGAAGGAGACUCGCCGGAGCCCGACUCUGUGGGAAGCUCAUCCGCCUGAUUCGGCCGUAGAGGAUCAAGCUAAAGGCGAAAUGCAAUACGACGAAUACUCGCAUGAGGACGAUGAGCCCGGUCCGUCAGUCCCAACAUCUUGGUCUUUACCACCGAGAAGUUCGAGUAAGAGAGUGAUGAGUGACGAGCCACCGCCCCCCAGAAGCUCGAGUGAAAGAGUGACGAGCGAGGAGUCUCUGCCGCCCAGAAGCUCGAGUAGAAGGGCGAUGAGCAACGAGUCUCUGCCGCCUAGAAGCUCGAGCAAGAGGGCAAUGAAUGAUGAGGUGGCACAGGAGCAACAGAGUAUACCACCCAGACCGGCUCUCCGCAGAAGGAUGACUACCAGUGACGGACGGCAAUCAAUCAGACACGGUGGAUUCUGGUCGAACCCCGGCAUUGGUGUAUUCGACCAAGACGAUGUACCGCCUGUUCCUGCAUUGUCCCAGUCAACUUCAAAUGCGACCUUGAAAUCAAGCCCGCCGCUCACACCCCUGACAAUUGGCGGUCCCAGAGAGGACCAACUGCGACGUGAGCUGGAAACCUUGUCUAUCCAAGAUGGCGCAGAGGCGCUUGAGAACCGAUACAAGAAAUGCCGUCCACCUAUGCUCAAUCUGAUCGAUUCCUCUGACGAGGGGGAGGGAUCGACGCCAAUACCAACUCCGUUACGGCAAGACCACUCGGGUUCAUUGGAAGAGGAAGAGGGGGAUGAUGACGACCGUGGUCUCCGACCAAGACCACGACGGCGCAAAAGCAUAUUCAGCGUCUUCCAAAGGAAGUCCCCAGUUGAGAAGCUGAUCGACAUGUACUUUGACGACGAGCCGGAGAAGAAGCCAAUCCCCAAGAAGCGGUCGCCUCGAUCCAGGAAAGGGUCUCCUGUACAGGAAGAAAUACCGCCGAGUCCAGCAAUUCCACCUCAGUUCCAAGUCGUUCACGGAGAGCAGAGCUCUCUUUGA